AUGUGGCUGUCGGUUUCGAAAAGCGGUGCUGGGUGGGGCGUCGGCCGUGGCAGCUCCCCCUGCGCCGCUUGCAGCCUGGCCACGAGGCGGGACACGGGCUGGCUCUUCCUCGCCCUGCUGGCCCUGGAGUGCCUCUGCUCGGCCUUCGCCCUCUCCACCUGCAAGACGGUGGACAUGGAGCUGAUGAAACGCAAGCGGAUCGAGGCCAUCCGGGGCCAGAUCCUCAGCAAACUCAAGCUCUCCAACCCGCCCGAGGUGGACCAAACGGACGUGCCUUUGCCCGAGGAAAUGGUGGCUCUUUACAACAUCACCGCUUACCUGAUCAAGGAGAAGGUGACCGAGGAGCUUCGCGAGACCCCCCAGGAAGAAUACUACGCCAAGGAAGUCCACAUGUUCAAGAUGUUGCCGUCCAACGAUGACAGCUACGGGACACAGUACAAGAGGAACAGCCACAGUAUCUACUUUGGAUUUAACCUGGCCGAGAUCCGUAGUAAACUCCAGAACGCUGAACUGCUGUACCGGGCCGAGCUGAGAAUGCUGCGGGCUUCGGGACCGACGACGUGGGCGCAGCGGGUGGAGCUUUACCAGCAACAGCUUCUGUCUAGCAACGACAGCCUCUGGGAUUACCUGGAUGGACGCAUGGUCAGGCUGACAUCUGAAAAAGAGUGGCUUUCAUUUGAUGUCACUGCUGUCCUCCGGAUCUGGCUUGGGGGUACCGAACCUUUGGGUCGAUUCCGCCUCAGCUCCCACUGUUCCUGUGGAGAAACCACCGAAGAACUGAGAGUGGACAUAGAAGGCACCAAAACAAGGCGGGGGGACCAAGAGAGCCUGAGCCGCACGCAGAAGGUGCCCUACCUGCUGGUGAUGGCGAUGCCACCCGAGCGGGCUGACCAACUACAAAGCCGCCGGCGCAAGCGAGCCACGCCCGGCAUCCAGUAUUGCAGCGAUUCGGCCGAGAAGAACUGUUGCGUGCAGCCCCUCUACAUUGACUUUCGCAAGGAUCUGAACUGGAAGUGGAUCCAUAAGCCCAGCGGAUACUAUGCCAAUUUCUGCAUGGGGCCCUGCCCCUACCUCUGGAGUUCGGACACGCAAUACAGCAAGGUCCUCUCUCUCUACACCCAGCACAAUCCAUCCGCCUCAGCCUCACCUUGCUGCGUCCCAGAUCAACUCGAACCGUUAGGGAUUAUGUAUUACGUCGGCCGCGGCGCCAAGGUGGAGCAGCUCUCAAACAUGGUUGUCAAAUCCUGCCGGUGCAGCUGAGGACAAGGACUCGAACCAUGGACCCAACAAUUCCCCUCUGGGCGGGUUGGAAUCUUUUCAAAACCUAGGCUGAGAACGGGCCCGGGACUGAAGGCAAUUCAGGAUGCCCAUUUGCAACUCCUGAUUUUUUUUUU